AUGCAAACCCCUGAAUCUCCAAAAGAGGGGUUUCAGGAUGAUGGAGACCACCCUUACUGCAAAGGAGAGGACUUGACAGAUACUUGCAUACCACCCAUACUGGCCUGGCUUCGCUCGAAAAAGUCGAUAAUUCCAUAUUUCGUCAACGUUAUCGUUUGCAACACUAUUGGAGGUUUGACACUAAUAUGCCUCAGUGAAGCUAAAUAUGGUGCUCUGAUAAGGGCUGUUGCCACUUUCCUCGUACAGCUGGAUCGAGUUGAAACAACUGAUGAUGUCACUCAGGCUAUGCAAGACAUGGGCAAGACUGUGGAGGCUAUCUCACGGUAUUUUCUUGCAAUGGCAGCGAGUAACACAUCGAGACGAUUGAAAAACGCUGGAUUUAUAAAAAGCCCUGAAUUGACAUCUUCAUUCAUACGGACGUUAUGGCGCAGAACUGAGGCACUUCUACAGCUUUCAAAAGUGAACAUUGCAAAGAAACCUGGCGCUACCAUGUCAUUAAGUUCGUUGCGGUCAGCAUUCUCCACUCUGUCGCUGUCAUCAACUCAAACUCAAAAUUCAGCAGCGCUGAGAGAGGUGAUCCUAUUCACAAUUUAUAAUUCCACUAUGAACACGUUUCGAGCUGCAGUGAAUAUGUCGCCAAUGAAAUUUUGA